AUGGGCUCUUUAGAAGAUGGCUUUGGGAGCCAUGAGGAAGUUGAGGAGACUAAUAAGAUUCCACCCCAAAGAACAUUUAGCUUCAUGGAUGAUUACAAGAUUCCUCAGAAUAAAUCGCCGAGUUUCACAGUUUGGCAAACAAUGAUGUUGGGAUAUCAAUCCCUUGGCAUUGUAUAUGGAGACAUUGGAACUUCGCCUCUGUAUGUCUUCUCCUCAAUCAGGCUAUCAGAGCCCGGAGAGAAGGAUAUUCUUGGGAUCUUGAGCUUGAUCUUCUGGACUUUGACUAUGAUGGGAUUGAUCAAGUAUGUGUUCAUUGUCCUUCAGGCGGAUGAUCAUGGAGAAGGUGGAACUUUUGCUCUGUACUCCUUGCUUCGCCAACAUGUAAACUUCAAAGGCAAGAUGAUAAUUCCAAGCACAAGACUUGGUUCAGAUUUCAACUUGAAGUACCACAGUAAAGGAAGCAAGUUACAGUCCAAGGCAAAGAAAUUCCUAGAGGAGAACUCGAAAGCCCAGGCUGUGAUUACCUUUAUUGUGUUGCUAGGGACUUGUAUGGUUAUUGGUGAUGGGGCUCUCACUCCGGCCAUCUCAGUUCUUUCUGCUGUUCAAGGAAUUCAAUCAAGAUCAUCGAAGAUCAAACAAGAACAUGUUGUCUUCCUAUCGGUAGCAAUCCUUGUUGUAUUGUUCCUCUUCCAAAGAUUUGGUACAAACAAAGUUAGCUUCUCCUUCUCACCAAUUAUGCUCCUCUGGUUCUCAUUCACUGCCACUAUUGGACUCUACAACAUCAUCAAAUUCUACCCAUCAAUCCUAAAAGCUUUGUCACCUCACUACAUUUUCUACUUCUUUCAAAGAAACCACAGAAAGGGAUGGGAGCUCUUAGGUGCAAUUGCACUUUGCAUCACAGGAGCUGAAGCCAUGUUUGCUGAUCUUGGUCACUUCAACAAGAGAGGAAUUCAGCUUUCUUACUCAUUGGUUGUGUAUCCUGCUCUGAUCCUUGCAUACUCUGGUGAAGCUGCAUUCCUCAUCAAGAAUCCUGAUAGAAUUAGCACAGCAUUUUAUAGCUCUGUUCCUGAACCCAUAUUUUGGCCUAUGUUUAUCAUUUCAACUCUUGCAGCUGUUGUUGCAAGCCAAGCCCUCAUAUCUGCAAGCUUUUCAAUAAUCAGACAAUCCAUUACUCUCGGUUGUUUUCCCCGGGUGACUAUGAUUCAUACCUCAAGCAAGCAUGAGGGACAAGUCUACUCUCCUGAGGUGAACUACUUUCUAAUGUUUGUGUGCAUUCUAAUCACAGUCGGUUUCGACGGCGGUGCGGAGAUCGGAAAUGCAUUUGGUGUGGCUGUGAUAUGGGUAAUGCUCAUCACAACAGUGCUAAUGUGUGUGGUGAUGCUUGUAAUAUGGGACACAAACAUAAUUUUGGUGGUGAUGUUCCUUACAGUUUAUCUUAGCAUUGAAGGUGUGUACAUGAGCUCAUUGUUGAACAAGCUUGCACAUGGAGGUUGGGUCCCCUUUGCAAUCUCAGCCUUUUUCUUGGUUAUCACCCUCUCAUGGACAUAUGGAAGAAGCAAGAAGAGUCAAUAUGAAGAUGGAAAUAAGAUGAGCAAACAAGAACUAGAUCAUCUUGUUGAAACCAGCACUCGAGUCCCGGGAGUUUGCUUCUUCUGCACUGAUUUAAUGAAUGGAAUCCCACCGAUUAUUCGACAUUAUGUGAAGCAUGUAGGCACACUCCGCCAGGUCACAGUGUUUGUUACUGUAAGAACUCUUCCAAUAAGAACUGUGCUUCCUGAGGAAAGGUUCAUUGUUGCAAAGCUUGGCCCAGAGGGGGUCUACAGUUGCUUGGUUCAGUAUGGUUACAUGGACCAACAUAGAAUGGAUGGAGAAGAAUAUGAGAGUUCAAUUGUAGGGGUGAUCAAGGAGAUAGCUGAGAAUGGUAAGGAGGUUGAGAUGAUGGAUUGUGCAUCAUGCAAGGAUGUGAUAUUUGUGCAUGGGAGAAUAAUUCUGAAUGCCAGUAAGAAGAAUGGGGGUUUCAGGAAAUGGGUAAUUAAUAACUUGUACAGGUUUUUGCAGAAGAACUUUAGGUCUAAUGUUGCCACUUUGAGAAUUCCUCCUAGCAAGAGUUUGCAGGUGGGAAUGCUUUAUGAGAUUUAA